UUCCUACAAGCUUUGUUGAGGUAAUAUGCCAACUACAGUCUAAAUCUCAUUCUCCCCAGUGUGUCUGACCCAUUAGUUCCAUUAUCCUGUUCCUAUCCCCCCAGGUUUAAACUACAUUAACCCAUUUAUAUAUUAUAUGUUGAUCUGUGCGUAACUACCAUGGUACGAGUAUCGGCAAGCGGGGAAAUUAUCCGCGAUGAUAAACAACCUGUCAAUCAAAACCAACCAAAUUACAGAUCAAGCAGAAUUGGUCGUAUAAACUCACCACAAGAUGGGGGUGGAGAGCAUGGGAACCAGCCACAAGGUGGCGGUAUGGGUGGAGCGUUCGCCGAGGGGGGGCAGGGGAGGACGGUGUUUGACACUUGGAAUGAAAAACUCCUCCAACUAGGAAUACCACGUUGGAACAUAGGGAGUCAUGUUGUUGAACCUAUUAUGACAACAGCUAUGGUUGUUGUAUUGUUGAUGUUUGGGUUACCUGGGGUCUUGUUUCUUGGGCUUUUGUACUUUGUGGUGACAAUAAGCCAACAGCGCCCACAAGCGGCGGCGAGUACGAGGCGUCCACCGCCCUCUGGCUUCUCCGGUGGUGGGAGAAGAUUGGGAAGGUCAUAAAAAUAAUAUAAAUAUCAGGGUUUAAAAUUUAGGUAAAACAAUAGUAGCUUUAGCCCCGAACUGCAAGAAGGACUUGAUUUUGGUGAAACAAUGGAAUUAUUUAUUUGUCUCUUCUGUUGAUCGCCCAACUAAAAUUGUAUCUUAAGCACAAAAGGUUGUAUAAGCUGCCACCUUUUAUCAAAGGGAAGCUUAACAACAAAAAAAAGUUUAGGUUUCCUAUUGCUCGCUUUAUAAAUCGUUUUAUCUUUGUAAUACUUUGGCAAUAUCUCAUUUAUAACCCAUUUACUUUGUUGCAUUGUGGUAACUUGAGUUGUAAUCUGUACAUAAUUAUUUCAAUGGAUAUAUAUUGAUUUUACUAAUGCAUUAGACUAGAUUUAAUGUUACAAUCGCAAUCCAACAAGUGGUUUGACUGUGAAUGAAUUUCUGUGUAACUUUAUGCCCACUACAAAGUUAUUCCGGGUAUUUUUGCAUCAAAUUGUUGCUCCAUCUUUAAAAAAUCGCAACGCAAACGCAUAGCCAUGUUUUACAGAAGGAAUAUUGUUUCACAAAAGGAAUAUUAUACAACCUCUGAAUUGGCAAAGUAAAACGCACAGCACUGAAAGGUACAUUGAGACUACAACGUUGUAGUUUUUGAGCGGGGAAAUAAACGAAUGUAUAUUCUUUACCCUCGCUUGGAUGGAAAACAAGGUAAAAGUAGCAGAGGAUGGUUUCGAUCCAUCGACCUCUGGG